GAUUUGUGUGCCAUGUCGUAUUAUGCAAGAACGCCUCUAGAUCGCAUAGGGCAAAGUUUUGAUUCCAUGUGAAAAAGUAUGGCCUUGACAUCUUCAAGUCUUUUGACAUCUCCAAAGUUCUUGUGCAAAUACGUGCAAAGAACACCACCAUUGGCUGUCGUUUGCUAUGUACAUUCUCAGCUGGCAGUUCAACCUUGCAAAGUACGUAAUGUACAAUUUUGUUGUUUAUUUACAUUUGCUAUUCUAGUGUAUUUUGUUCCUCUGCUGCUUGAAAUUCAUGUCGGGACUUUGCUUUUGCUACUUACCUGCAUUCUUUAGCGUUCUGAAGGAGAUCACCGGUUCAAUAAAACAAUGGCGAAAACGGUCAGACACAAUCGAUUUCCUUUGGGACUUCGGCUUUGUCUCACAAUAACGUGCAUAUGGGGCUGAGCUAAAAUGUUUACGUGUAUUUUUCUGUAAAACUCGGUUCUUGGAUUUCGAUUCUUUGUAGCCUGAACUACCCCGAUUUUCACCUUCAACGCAAAUUAUCAGUGAUAUAUGGCUUAUUCUCAGUAACUUCACGCCAAGAAGAUGUUGGUCAACAUCACAUUCAGUUUAAGUGCUGCCUGUAAAUAGACAGCAAAUGUCAGGAUUAGUAUUUACGAUUCACUUCUUUUUUCAUCUCACAGGUUCAAAAACCUUUUAUUUUUCAAUUGAACAGAAGGAAGAAAACUGCACAUGGAAGAAGAGAUACUGGACAGGAGUCCAGCUAUGGUCAAGUGCAAAGUUUGUUGUCUUUUCAAACAAAAGGAAGAAUCUUUUUGCACAAGAGCAAACACCGAUCAUCUCAUCUUCUCAAGCAAAAUAAUGGAAAUGUUAAACUGGACAAAAAUGCAAAGGACUUGUCACUGAUAUCAACAUGGAAUAACGAUCCACUUAUGGAUCACAAACAGUUGGUUGUAAUGGUUUUUAAAGAAGAUGCAUUUACUGGAAGACCUUCCUUAAGACUCAGGGAAGAUUUUCUCAAUGCUGCCUCUCCCCAAGGGUGUAAGGAGCCUUCAAAAGGUCCAGUUGCAAAGCAUAAAAUAAGAGACACAUGUUUAGCCUCUUUUGGCAAAUAUUCCAGAGCAACUCAGCAAGACAUAAGGCCACAUCCUCUGCAAGGUAGUGUGGACAGAGUUUUGGAAGUAUCUCCCUCAAAAUUAGGGAUUAAAAACUCUAUUUCAGAAGCAGCAGUGCUGUUUUCAGACUUUUGUAGUGGUGAAAGAGAUUUUGAAAAGCCAGAGAUUAAAAAAACCUUCCAGAGUGGGCCAAAUCCUACUCAGCUUUCUUCAGUAUUACUGGAACUUAGAGAGGAGGUGAGAUUUUAUCCUUUUAUGGUGGAUUUUUUGUUGUCUUGUCAUUACAUCACUGCAAUGAUUCAUGCACGAUCUCAACACACAUUUUAGCAUGUACAUUUGACAAAUAGAGGGUUUCUUGUGUACUCACUGAUAAAGAGAAGGUACAAAUUUUUAGAAUCAAACCCUUCAUUUUAUUCAUGCAGAGUGGGAUGAUCAAGAUAUACCUUAUUUUGUGGCUGGAUUGUAUCACUCAGAAUCAAGGCAGUUUGAAUGCUAGCAAUCAUUCACACUAACUAGAAAAUUCAUUACCUGAAGUGAAAUAUAGUUAUCAGUUCUCUAGUGGAUGCACAGGUCUGUCUGUGUGUCUUUUUGUCCUAAGAUCUGUCAUCAUGCUCUACCUGCUUGAUAGGAAAAUCUAGAUAGUAAUAUCCAUGUUUACAUUGAUGGUUCAUUGUGAGUUCUUACAGAGGGUUUAAUUGUUGAAGUUUGACAUUUAGAAAUUCAAACAAUGAGAAUUUGGUAUUUCCUUGAUGAAGUUCAGUAUAACUGUUGUGUUUUUUUAAACUCAAUCAUGCAGAUUCCAUUAUUCUUUCUGAAGAAGCCCAAUUAUGCAAUAUACAACAAGAGAAUUAAAUUUGUUAACAACAUCACUGGAGUCACAACACAGUAAGUCUAAUAAAUCAUUUAUUUCUGAAUUUUAUUCGAUAGUUAAUCUCUGUUUGGAUUUUUUCUUCAAGCCUGUUGUUUCAGCCCUUUUUAUCCUAGUUUGUUUCAUUGAUCUACGUAGGAGUAUCACAUUAAAGAGGAUGUUAAUUCUAUUGAAGUAUUGAGUCCAUAGAGUUUUCCUGACACCACUGUUAUGUGGUUUAAGAUCUAGUUUUUCAUUUGAAUGAUUUAUUCAAUCGAGUGUUAAAAAAUCCAUACUUCCAGACUGGUGUAGGAUUAAAACCAUUCAGUGGUAGUUAAUAAACCUUUUGGUUUCCACACUCUUGUGUUUGGUCAAUCAUCUUACUUGGUCUGAGUGAGUGUUCUUUGUUUCCCUGAUAAACUUAUUAUGUGAGUUAGAUUGGCAGCUGUGUGUAAUAACUUUGGGUUAAGUUUUGCAACAGUCUUUCAGAAAAGCACUUUAACAAUUAGGGCCAAACGUGCCUGUUGUCAAUUAAUGUUUUGUCAAGGACAUCAACAAAAUGUCAGUUAUGUAACAAUAAACUUUGUUUUGCACUUUAAUUUUAUUUUAAUGAUAAGUAAUGAUAUGAAAAAAUGCAUCCCUUUUGAGAGGGGUCACAGCAUCAUUGUAUUUUCAGUGGAAUCUAUCCAUACAGAAGCCAAGUAAGUGGCUUGAGAAUGCUCAUGCUGAGCUGCAUGACAGAGCUGUCUGUUGAGGUCCUUAAAAUCACCAAACAUCCAAAUGAAGCAGCAAUCAAAGUGCGGUGGAGGAUUAAGGGAGUACCAUUAAUUAGAAAAUUAGUUCCUUACCUUGGAAGAAAAGUCAGAGCUGAUUCUUAUGGUUACAGGUACACAUUAUAUUGGAUUUUUUUGGGUGCAUUUUGAUAAUUUCUUUGUCUCAAUAUGGUUUUAAGCUGAACUAGCUUUUAGUCUGUGAGCAGAUACCUUGAUUUGUUUUAUACAAGCAAAUUCUGUUCCUCAUAUUUGUGGGGCAAAUUAAGAAUACUACAUAAAUUAAACAAAGAGAGCACCACACAAAUUUUAGAGAUGCAUGUGCCACUGGAGCUUGUUUCUUCUUUGCCAGUUGGCAUCUGUUAUGUGGUUUCUUUUUCAACAAACUUAGAGAGAAAAAUUUUUGUAAUUGAUCUAACAGACUACUGGUACUUAGUAUCUUUUUGUAGUUCAAACAGAGGCUAGGGAAUCAAUUUGCCAGCUCUUGCAGCUAUUUUUUCCAAAGCUCAAAUGUUCUUUAUCAUCCACUAACUGUUACUUUGUGUAUGUAGAUAUCUGGAUGGCUUUUCCGUGUUUGAAGUUGGAAGUGAUGGCCUUAUUCACUGUCACAGACUUCACAAGGUGUGUUUAAAAGAAUAGGAAUGGCAAAGACGGGGUAGUUAUCUAACACUUCGGGACAAACCCUACAAUUUUUAGAAGCUAUAAAUGAAGCUUGGUUGCCUUUGGUGUGAUUAAUUUAUAUAUUGUUGAAUGUUUGAUUGUAUAUUAACACAUAACAAUGAGUAGCCAGGACAGUUUAAGAACUGACAACAACUUGUGUCUAAUGCCUCUGGUGAAGAUUGUCAGUUGUUUGUUUUAUCCCAAGGUGGAUUUUGAAUAUUUUAAACAUUUCCUUUCUUACAAGUAUCAAUCAGCCCAUAGAAUAGAUUGUGAAGGGUGGGCAAUUUUUUUAAAUGAUGGGUAUAUUGGCAGUUCUUUGCUAAGUUGUCAUUCCCCUUCUGCUCCAUAAUACAUGGAUGU